AUGAAGCUUGUGAGAAGUUGUUCAGCAUUUAUUAUAAGUCUAGUUAUUAUAAUAGUUGUAUCUGAACCAAGGGCUCAUUCCCUUAGCCGUAAAUCAUAUGGUGUUUAUUAUGACUUCUUCUACUUUGUUCAACAGUGGCCAGGAGCUUACUGUAAUUCUAUGUGGGGCUGUUGCUUCCCUAAGACAGGAAAACCAGACGAGGAUUUCGGCAUUCAUGGCCUUUGGCCUAAUUUCAACAACGGUUCACAUCCUCAGAGUUGUGACUCCGACAACCCUUUUGAUAAGUCUAAGAUAGUUGGUUUGAUGAGAAGAAUGCAAGUUCAUUGGCCAACUUUGAGAUGCCCAAGUGGAAAUGGCUUCAAGUUUUGGAUUCAUGAAUGGAUCAAACACGGUACUUGCUCUGCGAAUGUCCUAAACCAACGGUCCUACUUUCUGAAAGCUCUCGUCUUUAAGAACAAAUCCAACCUCCUCCAACACCUCGAGGACGCUGGAAUAUAUCCGGAUGAUGGGUUCUAUAGAGCGAAUGAUGUGGAUGCGGCUAUUGAGAAAGGGUUAGGCGUGACACCCUACCUCGAGUGUAAUUUUGAUGGGAAAGGAAACAACCAACUCUUUCAAGUCUAUCUUUGUGUAAACAAAUUUGCAACAACCUUCAUUCAAUGCCCUGUCAUGCCAUAUGCUCAAAGUUGUGCUUCUAGUGUCCAAUUCAAAAGUUUUCUUUAA